UUCACCUAUGGUGAUUUUGUCCCCAUGCUGAGGGAUCACUCUCAUUCACUGUCCUUGUAUCGAAUGGCUCCAAAUGAAAUCCACCAGUACAAGGGAAUUGUCCAGCUACUUCUGCAUUUCAAAUGGAUUUGGGUGGGUCUAAUGACCAUGGAUGAGGAAAAUGGAGAAUUAUUUUUGAGCAACCUACUACCAAUACUUUCUCAGAACAGCAUCUGUGCUGCCUUCACUGAGAAAAUUCCCUCAAAAGGAUUUUUUGGUGACAUCUUAAAUUUCCAAGGAAAGUGGGGAAAAAUAUUUGUAGAUGUUAUGAAAAGUAAAGCCAACACCAUUAUUCUCUAUGGAGAAGCUUUGACCAUGAUAACAUUGAGAGGACUGCUGCAUGAAGGAGAAUCUGAGUAUGGGAAAUCAUUUGGUAAAGUGUGGAUUAUGGUAGCCCAGAUGGACCUUGUAGCCAUAUCCAUGCACAAGGAUUGGGAUAUAGAAGCCUUCCAUGGUGCCUUAGCCUUCACAACCCACUCACAUGAGGUGCCAGGGUUCCAAAAUUUUCUUCAAAAGCUAAAUCCUCAUUUGAUGAAGGGAAAUGGUUUUAUCCAACCAUUCUGGGAGCAAGCAUUCGACUGUUCAUUUCCAAAUUCCCAUUUUAAUGGAGAUGAUGUGGACACUUGUACUGGAGAAGAGAGGCUGCAGAAUCUUCCUGGGCCUUUCUUUGAAAUGAGCAUGACUGGCCACAGUUACAGUAUCUACAAUGCUGUACAGGCUCUGGCAAAUUCUGUACAUGCCAUGUACCCAUCCAAAUCCAAAGCAAUGGUGGAAAGAAGGAAGCUACAACAUAAAGACAUGCAGCCAUGGAAGGUAGUAGUUUUCAAACCAUUCUGUUCAACUGACUUCAGCACGGCAGCACAAGAUCUUAAUGCAGCCUUCACUAACCCGAUUCGCUUCAGAUGUUAAUACUAUAAAUAAAAUAACAACACAGAAGCCUUAUUGUAAGAAUGUAAAAAAAUAUUGAUCACUUCCAUAACGUUGCAGACUCAAUUAAAAAAGAAAAUAGCAGUGAAAUAAGUCAUAUCCUAUCCUACAUCCUAGCCUUAUGACUACAUCCUAUCCCUAUGGCUGCAUGAUGAGAAAGAUACUGUUCCUCAAGUGAAACUAAUAAGGAUUAUCUUCCUACUGUUACCCUUCCUGCCUGGGCAAGCAGAGGAUAUGACUUCCCAACAUGCCUUCUAGGAAUUUACAGGAAACUCCAUGUGUCUUAGCCCUUUGCUCAGCAAAUAUGGAAUUUUUUCUUUUGACUGGAGCAUCAUUUACCCACAUAAUUCAGGGUUUGCUUGUUUUUUUUUUUAAAAAAAAGUAUGAAAACAUUAAAAAAUGAAAUGGAUUUUUUUCUUUUGACUGGAGCAUCAUUUACCCACAUAAUUCAGGGUUUGUUUGUUUUUUUAAAAAAAAGUAUGAAAACAUUAAAAAAUGAAUAAUUUAAAAGUGCAGAAGUUUCAUACCCUCCAACAUUUCUCUAAUGAAAAUAGAGACGUCUAAAUAAUAAUAAUAAUAAUAAUAAUAUGCUUCCAACAUAGGAAAACAUUUAACAUUAAAAAACUUCCUUACACAGCGUUGUCUUCAGAUGUCUUCUAAAGGUUACAUAGUUACUUAUCUCCUUGGCUUAGGGGCGGCAUAACUCCAUGUCAUGUGACAAAGGUAUUUGAGAGCAAAAGCAGUAAAGGAAGCAGUAAAGGAGUCUAGAAAUGUUGUGAAAUGCUGAAACACUGCAGAAUCACUUAGCAUGCUGAAUCACUGUGACUCAUCUUGAGGAUGACUCAUUCUCUGUAUAAGUAUUGUAUCUGCUUGCAGGCAGACUCUGUCAGUGUCUCAGUGUGUGUGUCUGUGCUCUGUGAAGCCUGUGCUCAAUGCAAACUCUGUGUAUGCUCUGAAGCUGGUUUAAUCUUCUGUUCAUUAUGCUGUUAUUUGCAAACAAGUUUAUUUUAACUCAGUAAAGCUUUUAUUUUUUUACUGAAGAAGACUCUGUGUUAUUAAUUUAUGCUGCGUGUCACUCCAUACUCUCCAGCAUUUCUCCAAUGAAAUAGGGACAUCCUACCAUAACCUCCAAUAUUCCUCCAGUGAAAAUGGGGAUGUGUUAAGGAAAAGCAGGACAUUCCAGGAUUAAAUCAGAAAUUGGAAUGUCUUCUAUAAAUCUGGGACUUUCCCUGGAAAAUAGGGACACUUGGAGUGUCUGAAAUCUUGGAAAGGCAUGGUAGUAGAGAUUUUUUUUUCUUCAACAAAUGUCAAAACAUAACAUUAUUAGAGCUUGUUUCUAUUCUAAAGGAAGAGAAUUAUGGAGGGCUUUAGCUACAAAUUUAAAAGCAUGUGUGAGUCACAGCAUGCUUUAACAAAGGUUAUAUUUGACAGUAUUAAUAAAUCAUCAUAUACAGUGGUACCAUGGUUUGCAACCGUUUUGGAUUACAACCGUUUUGGAUUACAACCACGUCAAACCCUGAAGUGUGUGUCCCUUUUCUUGGAUUACAACCCAUUUUUUUGGAUUACAACCCCCUUUUCUUUUUGGAGACCCCAUUGGCGAAAGUGCUCUUUGGGUUACAACCUUUUUUGAUUCACAACCGGACCUCCAGAAUGAAUUAUGGUUGUAAACCAAGAUAUCACUGUACAGAGCUAAGUGACUGGGGUAAGAUGCAAGGGUAGAGGCAAUUUAUCAUAUACUGAUGCAAUUCCAACAUUGAUUUAUUUUUCCAUUCCACCUAGCUCCAUCCUAUUCUGAGGAGAAUCUCAUUUAAUAACAGCGCAGGAGAAACUGUGCAUUUGAAUGAGAAUGGAGAAUUGACAAUGGGGUUUGAUAUUACAAAUCUGAUUACUUUUCCCAAUAAGUCAUUUGUUAGAAUGAAAGUUGGAAGAAUGAAUCCUUGGGCUCCUCCUGGCAAAGAUUUGAGCAUUGAUGAAGGCGCCAUUGUGUGGCCUAGAAGUUUUAACCAGGUGGGAUAUCACUAUAGUCUUUAGCUUCCAUAAAAUAAAAGGAGGGAGGGAGAGGAAAAACAAUCAUUUGUAGCUUCCUUAAUAAAAUAUUUUUAUAGUCCUUGUCCCAGUAUGUUUAUAUUGAUUGAUUUACAUAGUCCAAAGAAUAUUUACUUGCACACUGUUCUGCUGUUUCCUGCUGAAAAUAUGAACAUUGUCCUGUAUAGUUUAUUUAAUAUAUAGAAAUUUAUCACAGAUAUGUGUUUUUAAUUAAUGCUAUGUUUGAAAAUUGCACAUAUUUUAUCAGUAACUUGAGAUUCAAAAAGUCAAAGACAAAAAAAGUUAUUCCUGAUGUUAAGUCAGAAUCUCCUUUUUUGUAACUUGUGUUGGGAUACUGCCAGGGAGAUAAAGUCCAUCAAGGCCCCCAAGCUGUCUGCCGGACGAUCCAUUGACCUCCCGUAGUCACGCAGUAUCAACAAUUAGCGACAUGAGUUUCUAGAAGAUUUCUUGCCACAUUCCAGAGCUCAUGCACACUCUAUCAGCAGAUAGUCACAGCCAAAAGUUGCACUCAGGAGAGCAUUAUUUACAAGUUUAUUCAGCGUUGAUCAGAACACAGAAAAACAUGACUGACUGCUUUAGUGUCUGCGACAACAGAGAGAAAACGAAAGCAACAGAAAACAUAAACAUCCUGUGAACAGGAAAUACGCAGACUCUGACUCACAAAGCCUGCUCCCUUUUAAGGUGGAACGGAAAUAUCCUAACAUCCUCCCCUUUCCGUGUAACCUGUAGUACCUGUGGUUCAACCCAAUUGCAACCUUUGUACGUAAACCUUAAGUUGUUCUCUGUUAACAACCUUAGACAACAGAUCAGCAGGAAUUUCAUUUCCUGGCAUGUAGGACACCUGAAUGAGUCCUUUCUGAAUACACUCUCUUGCACGAUGUAGCUUAAUCUGCAAGUACUUGGUCCUUUGCUUGCAACUCUCCGAGUUCAGCAAAGCCAAACACGAUCUAUUGUCUUGAUACACUUGUACAGGACAUUUCACAGAAACUCUGAUGUCCUUAAACAGUUGCAUCAACCAUUCACAAUCCAUGAGUGAAAAUGACAGAGCAUUGAGUUCUGCUUCACAGGAACUUAGGCUCACUGUCGUCUGCUUCUUGCACAACCAGUCAAACAGGCAGUGGUUGUACAUGUAGCAUACUCCAGAAGUGCUUGUACCAUCCGUGGUGUCACUUCCAAAACUUGCAUCUGCAAAGAUUUCAAGACCUCCAGUCUUCUGACUGGUGAACCUCAGCCUGUAGUGCAUAGUCCCUUUCAAAUAGCGGGCUAUGCGCUUCAGAGCUUUCCAAUCCUGAACAGUAGGAUUGUUAGCAUGUCUGCUAAGCAGGUUACAGCUUACAGCUAUGUCAGGUCUUGAGCAUCUAGCAAUGAAAUUCAACUUGCCUAGAAUGCAUCUGUACAGCGUUGUGUCAGAAAACGCUUCAGCAGUACUGUCUACCUGGUAACCUGUCACCAUCGGUGUGUCUGCUGGGUUUGCAUCAACCAAAUUCAACCUGGUUAAUACAUCAGCAAUUUUCUGUGUUUGGUGUACCAGAAAAUUACCUGCUUGGUCCCUCUCCACCUGCAGAGAAAGAUAGUUGGAUACCUCACCAAGAUCCUUCAUGUCAAAGUGCUCCUUCAGCUGAGCUAGGGUGCUUUGGUAGAAAGCCUGAUUCUUCCAAAACAUCAGAAGAUCAUCAACAAAACAUAAACAAUACAGUUUGUUUUGCCCCUCCUCCUUGACAAACACACAUGGAUCAGCUUUGCCCUGGUGAAAACCUAGAGAAAGCAAUGUCUCAGUGAGUUUCGUGUUCCAACACCUGGCACUCUGCUUGAGACCAUAUAAGGAUUUCCGCAGUUUACAGACCAUUCCCUUCUGUAUCUGCAUCCCGUCAGGUGGAAGCAUAAACAGCUCCUCCCCCAGAAUCCCGUACAAAAAAGCUGUAUUAAUGUCAUGAUGGGAAACAUGCAGUUUCUCCUCUGCAGCUAUCUUGAGCAUCAGCCGAAUGCUCUCAUAUUUGACGGUGGGUGAGUAGGUCUCGUGGUAAUCCUGUCCUGGUACCUGUGAAAAACCUCUGGCAACCAAUCUGGCUUUGUGUCUGACAACCUUGCCAUUCUGGUCUGUCUUGGCCUUGAAGACCCAUUUGCUGCCAACCAGUCUCAUUCCUGGGACUACCGGUACCAGUUCCCAAGUUUGGUUCCUGUUCAAGGAAUCAACUUCAGCCUUCAUGGCAUUAAGCCAAGGCUCAGCAUCUUUAGAGGUUAACUCCUGAACCUCUUUGAAGCUUGAAGGUUCCCACACCUUCUCUGAGCUACUAAGAACAGCAGUUGCUGUCUUAGCAAACUCAUCAGCAAAUCUCUUUGGAGGUCUGCCCUUCGUGGCUCUCUCAGAUCUGCGUACUAGACGCAAGUCUUCUGGACUCAUCUCCUCCUUCUUAGGAGAAAAGUGACCAAUGGUGAACAGUGGUUCUUCCAGUUCAUUGUCAGACGCAUCAGAUGGUCUGACUGAGGCCUUUGCGCUCUUGUAGUCUGCUGUGUCAUCACUGUCACCGACAUCAGCAGCAGCGCCGCCCACUGAACUGGAAUCCGAACUCUGAUCAUCAUCAUCCUCAUCAUCAUCAUCCUCAGCAGCUUCCUCAGCUUUAGCUGCUUCUUUGACAUCACCUUCAUCCUCCUCUGGGUAACUCUGGAAAAUUCCCACAUUUUCCCCCCACUUAGGAUUGUACUCAACACUCCUUGUGAACUUAAUGGACUUAGAGUCAGUCAUCCAUACCCUGUAUGAACCUUUUUCGUACCCCAUGAACAAACCAUGUGCCCCACGCUUCCCAAGCUUGUUGCUCUGUGGGGUGUGUACCCACAUGUCAGAACCAAAGAUUCUCAUGUGCUUGAUGUUGGGUUUCUUACCAAACAUCUUCUCAUAGGGAGUACAACCAAUAGGUGAUGACAAUCUACGAUUAAAAGUGUAAACAAACGAGUUCAAAGACUCCCCCCAAAACUUCUCAGGGAGAUUGGCAUCAUGCAACAAUGUUUUCAGUCCUUGCAGCAACAUUUGCUUUGCUUGCUCACAAAUCUCCCAUGGAGAUCCAGGACUUGAGAGGCUAUGCUGGAUUCCCUUCUCAGUCAGGAAAGCUUCAAACUGCCGAGAAGUGAAUUCAGCCUCUCGAUUAGUAAACAAACAGCCAAUACGUUUACCGUGAACAUUCUCCAACCAAGCACAGAAUGCCUUGAACUUAGGAAACGCUUGCGAUUUCUGCUCGAGCAUAAACACAUGAAUGUACCUGGAAAAAGAAUCAAUUAGAACCAUGAAGUACCUUGCUCCACCCAAAGAGGGCGCAAGUGGACCAACCAGGUCUGCGUGCACUAGCUGGUAGGGUUUGGAAGCCUGCCUGCUAGACUCCUUGCCUUUUGGAGCAACCUUCACCUUGUUCUCUGCACAAGAUACACAUUUCAUGUGAAACUUACAGGGUUUGAUGUUCAAACCCUCAACCAUCUCUGGCAUCUUGGCCAGUGCCUUCCAAGAGAGAUGGCAAAACCUUCGAUGUGCAUCGUGAAUGCAUCCUGCAUGAAGAACUUUGUUAGUUUGUGCAACACAACAAGAAUCAACAUUAGACACAACAGCACCAUUGUCGUCAUAAGUUAUACAGAACAAGCCAUCCAUAAACUUUGCAUGCAAAAUGUCCUCUUUGCCUUUUCUGAUGACACAGACGCUCCUCUUGAAGGAAAUCUCAAAACCACGCCCAGUCAGCUGUGGGACACUGAGCAAAUUGUCUGCAGCGCCUGGAACAUACAGUACAUCUUUGAUGGUAGUGUGCAGACUUGCCAGUUUCACAGUCCCUUCUCCUGCGAUUCGCAACGUCUUCCCAUCAGCCAGGUGGAUCUCACCUUCUUGAGGUUUGAAGGAGAUAAAUAGGUGGCGGUCCUUUGAGACAUGGCGGGUACAGCCUGAAUCAACAACAAACCUGGCUUUGGCCUUUGGAGCAGCCUUUGCAGCAAGCAAAACCUUGUUUUCCACCGGCGUGGGCUUUGCAGCUUGCCCCCCUGCUCCUGGCCAUCAGACUUGCCUUUAGCCUUUGGUGAAGCUGUGCCAGUAAACAAAACCUUGUUUUCCUCUGGCGUGGGCUCUUCACCCUCCCUCUGCUUCUGGCCAUCUGCAGGCGUCUGCCUCUGUUUACCUUUGCCCUUCCGGCCUCUGCAAAGGCGAUGACCUUGGCUCCCACGAGAAACAGAGCUCUCAGCUGCCGACUCCUUGGCUCCCCUGGAGGCUGGAAUGCUGCCUGGGAUGACGUGACAGUCAGCUCCCCUGCAGCUUGCAACCGGUGCCCUCAGCAUCCCUGCAUUCACUCGCAUUCUGGGAAACAGCCAGGACCUCCGAUGCAGUCAAACUCUGGGCUGGGAUGACUGGCAGAUGGGCUAUCUUCAAAGCAUGCCACAUCUUUCGUGCAGUCAGAUUGCCAGCAAGCGUCUUUAUUUCCUCCAGAGAGACGGACAAGACGAUUACGUCUAUCGCCUUCGAAUUAGCGGCCCUCCAUCUAUCUGUCAGGGGAACUGGAGGGGCCUCACACACAGUAUGCCACACUCCAAACUGACGCAGCAAGCUCUCACACCACACAGCCCAGGUCCCAUAGUUGUGCUGAUUUAACUUUGGGCACUCAGCAGCCUCAGAAGCGUGGAAAAACUCCAUCCCAGGUUUCUACUUGAGCCGUGAAUCUUAUUCACUUCAAAGACCCCUUAUCUCGGCAGCCCAUUAAAUCUCGAGGCCUGCUGGGCUCGACGCCCAGACCAAUUAGGCCUGCCGGACAUCAAAGCUCUUGCCUCGGCAAACAGAAAAGCCUUACUUUCGCUUUUCCUCCACAUACCUUUCAGCAGUCUGUCGCAGUCUUACUCUCCUGUAAGUGCUGUGAAUCUGGGCCCGAUAACCUGUUGUUGGGAUACUGCCAGGAGAUAAAGUCCAUCAAGGCCCCUAAGCCGUCUGCCGGACGAUCCAUUGACCUCCCGUAGUCACGCAUUAUCAACAAUUAGCGACAUGAGUUUCUAGAAGAUUUCUUGCCACAUUCAAGACCUCAUGCACACUCUAUCAGCAGAUAGUCACAGCCAAAAGUUGCACCCAGGAGAGCAUUAUUUACAAGUUUAUUCAGCGUUGAUCAGAACACAGAAAAACAUGACUGACUGCUUUAGUGUCUGCGACAACAGAGAGAAAACGAAAGCAACAGAAAACAUAAACAUCCUGUGAACAGGAAAUACGCAGACUCUGACUCACAAAGCCUGCUCCCUUUUAAGGUGGAACGGAAAUAUCCUAACAACUUGAAGCCAUUGGUUUGAGUUCUACCCUCCAAAGCAGGAGAAAAAAAGCUUGCCCCAUCUUCCACGUGAUAGGCCUUAAUAUAUUUGAAGAUAGCUAUCAUAUCUCCUCUCAGUCUCCUCUUUGCCAGGCUAAACAUAUCCAGCUCCUUCAACCAAACUGGCACAGUAAUCCAGGUGUGAUCUGACCAAGGCAGAAUAGCUUGUCCAAUGGUGUUUGUAUUCAAUAUACUCAAACAUCUGCCAUUGUUUAAAACCACAAAAUUACUCUCAGUUUUCUCCAUCCGUACUUUACUUCAACUUUUUAUGGAAUCUAGUCUGACUAGAUUAAUGAAGGCAGAGAAUACUAGCAGCACAGAGCCAAAGCCUGGCCAUUAAAGAUCUCAGUUCAAGACAGUUCACCAACUUAUGAGCACCUGCAUUAAUAUGACAGAAUCUGAUGAUUAUACUGUGCAUAGUGAUGUCAUCAUACUAUUUUAAAUAUAUAUAUUCUCAAUUCUAAUUAUUCAUAUUCCCUAAUAGGUGAUGCCCCUUUCACUCUGUAAUGAUAACUGUCAACCUGGUUACCAAAAGAAGAAAAAGGAGGGGGAGCCAUUUUGCUGCUAUGAUUGUAUUCCAUGUCCAAAAGGGAAGAUUUCUCAUAAGAAAG